CGGAGGAUAAGGCGGGUUCUGGGCCGCCGCAGUGGUGGAGGGGGUAGGCUGGUAUCACGAGGGUGGAUUGUUAGGAGAGGCCGCAGCAGACAUGCAGACAGCACACACAGGGUUAAGCCACACUGCAGACGGCGCCAAUGGUCCGACUGGCCGCUGCUGUCUUGGUAAUGCAGACAUAAUGGCAGUUAUUCCCAGUGGAGCUCACCCUGUUGCAAGAGCAAUAGAAGCCUCCCGAAAUUCCAGCAAAAGCACCAUGCCUUUAACCCAAAGGCCUGGAUUCCGACAUCAUAGAUUCGCCCUCCUCGUGCCUUUCCCGACCUCUUUGGAGGCAGAAAUCGCCUGUGGGUCCCUAAAUCAUGAUGUCGAACCACACCAAGAACUGGUAGGGAAGGAGCUUAAAGUGAGCGGCAGCAUGCUGGAGGUACACUGGAUCGCGGAAGAUUCUCGCCUCCUCCGAAUUUCCAUCAUGAACUUUCUUGAUCAGCUUUCCUUAGUGGUGAACACUAUACAUCUCUUUGGGCCUCCGGUUUCCUGUUAAGCCUGGUUGGGGACCCAGGUCUGACCGUAUCUCCGUCUCCUCCUAAGCAGUACAAUUUUCCCUAGGGAAAAGAUUCCAGAAUAGUAGCUGCUACAUAAAUGUGGGGGCUUAAUUUUUUUAUCCUGAUUUGGUCUCAGGCACUUAGGGGCCAUUUGGUUUGGUGCUUCAAUGUUUGUUGCUGAAGAAAAUAAAGCUAUGCUGCUAAUCUGCAUUUGAGUUUA